AUGCCCGAUAAGACAGAGGCCGAGGCAUCCACAUCCGACGCACCGAUCGUCUCUCACGGCCGAGGAGGUCAAGGCAACAUCGGCAAGGAUAACACUGAAUACGUCGAUGGCGAGAUCGUCCGCGAAGGAAACUACGGCGACCAAGGUGAUGGCGCUUACUCUGCCGGCCGAGGCGGCGCUGGAAAUAUCGGCUCCCCGAUGAUGCGCCCCACGUCCAAGGUUCCCCACGACACCGAGAUGAUCCCCGAGCUUGCGGUCCGCCACUCCACAGACGAAACUUUCCAUAUCGGGCGUGGUGGACAGGGAAAUGUUCAUUCCGAGGAUGCGACGAAGGGCAAGAAGAAGGUUGCCAAUGAGGGAUUGGCGGAUAAGUUGAAGAAUAAGUUGCUAGGACGGAAGUAG